AUGACUUACCCAACGGUUCUGACUGUUAUAUUUGCAAGCCUCUUGUGCUCCACUGCCGCAGAUAAAGGCCUUCACUUGAAGGGUUAUUCCGAGGGCGGAGUUGAAGGCUGUUACGAACACAGUCAAGAGUUGGCAGUUUGCUUUGAUGUGAAGAAAGAUUCCAUGCUCAUAAAGAAGGCCUCGGGAGAAGGAAUUGUACAUUACCAGGAACUCGGUCCAGAUAUGUUUCUUUACCAAGUGCUGGAUCACGCUUUUGUCGGGUAGGCUCAACUAGCAUUCACGUUGUACCCUUUAAGAUAUUGUAUCAGUAUCGGCUAACUAAACUUACAUUGCAUAAUUUUCUGUUUUUUGUGCAUUUGAAAUUUGGCUCAAUAAACAAGAAAAUGACGUGCGAGCUACAUCACGUUGUGUACACCUCAAGUGACUUCAUAGUGAGAAAAACACUGAUUUACUAGGCUAUUUUCAAACGGCACCGGACGAGUUUUCGACUGGUUGAAAGUUCGUACGUUUGGGAGUUCAGUUCACACGGAACUACCUUAAACGUACAAAUAUUUAGACGCCUAGGCGUUCAAAGUUCCGGGUGAACAGAGCGAAAAUAUUGAAGCGUCCCGUGUGAACGAAGUGUCCGGUGAAAUUUUUUAGCUGGUCGAAAAUUAAUUCGUUGCCGUGCGAACUUAGCCUUAUGAUACUUGUGCAUGCUACCCAAUCUGCUGGAUAGCUCAUUAAGGCCCCGUUCAGACGAAUCCGCGCAGUCUGAAACCGCAUACUAAUAUUAAUAAUUCUUAGGUUGUAGGCCCUUUUAAAGGAGCUGUGUCACAAAAUUCAGCCAAAUUAGGAAAUUACAAAAUGCCCAUUAGAUUGAGAGAAACAUAAAAAUAACCGCUCAAAACUUUAAAGGAAGGUUAAAAUAACAUAACAGAAACAAAAGAUGCCACGGAUGGGCAAAACUGAAGAAGAUUUUAAUUGACAUCGAUUGAAAAAUAGGAUUUUUGAAAACUGUUCAGCCUAACAGUUUUUCAAAGUUGAUCCCUGCUGCUUGCAACUUCAAACAUAAUGCUCAGGAGACAUAUUUGUCUCGGAUCUCUGAUUUUGUCAUUUACAUGUGAUUUCUUCGCUUACUUUAAGUUCCAUAGCCAUUCAGGGCGAGUAAUUCGCAAAAUUAAACAAAAUGAACUGGACUGCCGUGACACAGUCCCUUUAAAUUUAUUCCCGGAUAGGUGAUGUUCAUACCUUACCGCCGGAUAGCUUUUCGUGUCGUCAUGAAGAGCUAUCCGCGGUAAAGUGUGAACAUAGCCUUAGUUUUUGUUCUAUGUAGAAUACUCCGCCUUAAUUAAAGUUAUUAAGAUGAUAAAAAUGCUUGCCUGGUAUAUUAGCCAUGAGUUUUCUUAGGGUGAGUCUUCGUAUUCAGCGAUCAAAGCGCUCGUCCGGUAUCUAGGAAGCCGUAGCUUCAAAUCCAGUCAGCGAUUAAGGUUUGGUUUUUCAGUCUUGUCCCACGUGCGAGACAUAUCAAACAUUUUAUGCCUUUUAUUUUAAUUUGAUUUGUAUCUAUGUGUAUUUCUCGCCGCAGGCGUGGCUCAGUAAUCUUCUAUGUCCCAGAUGACGUUCCAAAAACGCCUGACGCGCUGAGAUCCUUUUUGAGAGACAUAUCGGAUGAUGAAACUUUAGAACGUGAAACCUUUAAAAAUCACUACCAAGCAGCCAUGAGCGAGUUGCACUACGUCCCAGAAAUUCAGCUGCUGGAGCUAGUGUCAGCAGCAUUAGCAGACAACUCCACCCGUCUGGAGCUGCUCAAACCAUUCUACGCCAUGUGCUUUAACCUUUUUAAGGCUACAGGCGUAAAGGUCAAGGAUGAGUUCAGAGCUGCGCAUGACAUGGGCGAUGAGACUACUGAUCAGCAUUACCGAGAAAAGCGCUGCUCACGACCAAAAGCGAAUACAUGUCGCGGAAUGUGUGGUCUAGGAUGUUGGUGUUGGAGCUUGUUUUGUGGCGACUGCUGUUGGCAUAGGGGCUGUUACGAGCACGACAUAUGUUGCAACUAUGGUCGUUGGACAUCAUAUUGUGCCACCCCCUUCCUAUACGGUUUCACAUGCUCCAAAUUCGGGGGAUAUCCAGAGUGUAAAAAACGCUAA